UCUUGUUACUGGGUUCUUUCAAGUUUCUGUUUUUAUGGUCUGAUGUUCUGAUAGAUUCCCUCGGGAAAAUUACAUUUGGGGUGAUACUUCUCUGGUAAAUCUCAGUUGUUUGUUUGUUGCUUUGCUUCUGGUGUUUUUUCAAUCGCUUCAUUUGACUGGCGCCGUGAAUUUCUACAUCAUGCGGUGACGUGUGUCUCGAUUCCGGCGAAGUCUUGUACUGAAAAAGUUCAGCUUCUGGGUCAUGAAUCAUGAUGUUUGGAUUUCAUCCGUUUCUUGACACUGGAUGCUGUGCAUGUCUCAUUGGCUGGGGAUAAGCAUAUGCGAGUGACAUGGGUCACUAGUGAUAAAUCUUCGCCUUCCAUGGUAGGGUAUGGAACAUCAGCAGGGCGAUACGAUUAUAUGGCUCAAGGAGACAGCACUUCAUACAGCUAUGUAUUGUAUAAAUCGGGGAAGAUACAUCAUACAGUCAUUGGGCCACUGGAACCAAACACUGUAUAUUUUUACCGUUGUGGGGGAGAAGGGCCUGAGUUCCAGCUGAAAACGCCUCCAGCUCAGUUCCCGAUCACUUUUGCAGUGGCUGGGGAUCUGGGGCAAACCGGUUGGACCAAGUCAACUCUAGAUCAUAUUGAUAAGUGCAAAUAUGAGGUGAAUCUUCUUCCCGGGGAUCUUUCAUAUGCCGACUAUAUGCAGCAUAAAUGGGACACCUUUGGAGAGCUGGUUCAGCCUCUAGCGAGUGCUAGGCCAUGGAUGGUGACACAAGGAAAUCAUGAAAAAGAGAGUAUUCCCUUUCUAAUGGAUGAAUUUGUGUCUUACAACUCAAGGUGGAAGAUGCCUUAUGAGGAGAGUGGAUCAAGUUCGAAUCUUUACUACUCUUUUGAGGUUGCUGGUGUCCAUGUGAUCAUGCUUGGCUCAUACACGGAUAACGACCCAGGCUCGGAUCAAUAUAAUUGGUUAAAGGCUGAUCUCGCGAAGGUGGACCGGGAAAGGACUCCAUGGCUAAUAGUCCUUUUCCAUGUGCCAUGGUAUAACAGUAACGAAGCUCAUCAACAUGAAGGUGAUGAUAUGAUGGCUUCAAUGGAGCCUCUGCUUUAUGCUAGUGGUGUGGAUAUUGUAUUUACCGGUCAUGUCCAUGCUUAUGAACGAACGAAACGUGUAAACAAUGGUAAAUCAGACCCGUGUGGCGCUGUACACAUAACUAUAGGAGAUGGAGGGAACAGAGAAGGACUUGCUCGCAAGUAUAAAGAUCCACAGCCUGAGUGGUCAGUGUUCCGGGAAGCAAGCUUCGGACAUGGUGAGUUUCAGAUAGUGAACUCAAGCCAUUCUCUGUGGACAUGGCACAGGAACGACGAUGACGAGCCAGUUAGAUCGGAUCAGGUCUGGAUUACCUCUUUGAUGAGUUCUGGCUGCAGGGUCGAGAAAAGGCACGAUGAACUUCGGAAAAGACUCAUGGGACCUUGAAAAUCACCGUUGUGGGAACCUGCAGUAAUAGAGUUCUGUAUGUGUGUGUAUAUAUGUAUGAGAGAUCUACACAACAUGGUUAUGUAUUACAAGUAGUUGUUGUACUUUGCUUCUGAAGCACAGACACUGCUGUUGUUGUUGUCUACGUUUUGCCAUUGGAUUUCAAAAGAGUAUUUCUAAUCCAAUCUUGAUGGAAACUUUAGUGUUUUGCUGA